AGUUUGAAUUUGUCACCCAGGCUGGAGUGCAGUGGUGAGAUCUCAGCUCACAGCAAUGUCUGCCAUCGGGUUCAAGAAAUUCUCCUGCCUCAGCCUCUGAGUAGCUGGGAUUACAGGUGCCCCCUGCCAUGCCUGGCUAAUUUUUGUAUUUAUAGUAGAGAUGAGAUUUCACCAUGUUGGCCAGGCUGGUGUCGAACUCCUAACUUCAGGUGAUCCACCCACCUUGGCCUUCCAAAGUGCUAUGAUUGCAGGUGUGAGCCACCGCCUUUCACCCAAGCUGAAGCAUGGUGGCACGAUCUUGGCUCACUGUGACCUCCACCUCCCAGGUUCAAGUGAAUCCGCGCACCCCUCUCCCCCCAGUAGCUGAGAUUACAGAACUCAACAAAAAUCCGGUGGAAGGCUUUUCUGCAGGUUUAAUAGAUGACAAUGAUCUCUACCGAUGGGAAGUCCUUAUUAUUGGCCCUCCAGAUACACUUUAUGAAGGUGGUGUUUUUAAGGCUCAUCUCACUUUCCCAAAAGAUUAUCCCCUCCGGCCUCCUAAAAUGAAAUUCAUUACAGAAAUCUGGCACCCAAAUGUUGAUAAAAAUGGUGAUGUGUGCAUUUCUAUUCUUCAUGAGCCUGGGGAAGAUAAGUAUGGUUAUGAAAAGCCAGAAGAACGCUGGCUCCCUAUCCACACUGUGGAAACCAUCAUGAUUAGUGUAAUUUCUAUGCUGGCAGACCCUAAUGGAGACUCACCUGCUAAUGUUGAUGCUGCGGUCUCCAAUUGAGAAACAUGGCACUGUUUUUCCUGCACUCUACCCACCUAUUGCUGGACUUCUGUUGUACAAGUUGGCAAACACUGGCUGGAACUGGGCUGCAAUAAAACAUGCCAGUUAUCAGUGCUGACAAGAGCCUAACAAGUGCCAACUCACAGAUGAUUACACAUUUUGAAUUCUAAUGAACUGUUUUAACCUUCAGGAAGAAUUGUAAAGACCUGUACAUAGCACAACAUGAUCCGGAUAAUAUAUAUACUGUUCAUGCACAUCCACAGAUACACCUUGUACCAAAUAAUGCUUUCUUGUAGUAGAAUAAGAAUCGUGUACAUUCUAAAAGAUUUUAGCAGGUUUUCUUUCCUAUUCAUUGUUUCUUAUCAGUUUAAAAGGACUCCUUUAAGCAUGUCAGAUGAAAAGCAAUUAGGAUUAAAAGUUUCCAUUUAAUUUCCCUUAACCCAUUGAGGCUUCAUUAAACUCUUUUCACUUACUAAACUUUUGUAUCUUCUUUGUUUUGACACACACCCUUUGCUUUUCUCUCUUCUGUCUACCAGAAUGUUCUCAAAUCACUUAGUUCAAAUACUGAAAUACUUAAUGAGCAAUUACUUGAUCUUUAAUGAUGACUUGGAAGGAGUCAUCACUAGGUGCUUUGUCCUUUUUGUAUUCCGGUUGCACCCACCUCUUGGAUUGGAUGUAGCAAUAACAUUUAUUGGCUGUUAUGAGCUCUUGAUCCCAGUCAUUACCCCCGAGAAUGAAAAACAGAUGGUUCUUAAUUCAGCUUACUGAAAAUGUCCCCAAACAAUAGCAAAUCUGACUUUCCCUUCCUUCGGUUGCCUAAUAUUAAGGUUGGAUAAAUGAAGCAUGCACAGCUACAGGCUUUCUACUUUACCUCUGGGUUUGCUGUUCCAAAUGCUAUUUACUCUCAUAUCCUUCUCUUUAGUCCUUCAUCUUCCUUUGCCUCUAUUCUUCUCUACUGCAGAAUUUUCUCGCCUAUUGUACAAAGAAAUUGCGAUGUAUAUUUUCAUGUAAUUUGAUUUUGGAAUUCUGUCACCUUAUGUAGUGAGUUCUUCCAAAAUACAAUUUUUUUUUUCAAUAAUUGUCAAGUUGUUUGUUGGCUUUUAUUGUAUUGAAUGAAGGCUAUAAUACUGAAUGCCAGAGAAGUGGUUUAGAAAACUCUCAGGUUGAUUCCUUAUGCAAACAAACUUAAUACUUGAAAAUCACAUGGCCAUGGCAGUAUAUGUAUUUGGUUCUAUCUAGAUUCUUCUGUGAAUCUAAAAGCAUUACAGGGGUAAAUGCUUUGCUAUUUGACGUAUAGAUCCUGUCACUAACCAUAGUACACUUGGAUUUGAUUAAUGUUUGAGCUGAAAUAUAUUUCAUAUCAUACAGUUUUCUAAAACAGCUUCAGCAAAUGAUAAAAUGAACAUGUGCAGUGUUAAAGGCAGGCCCUGGGCUCCUUUAUGUUUGUUGUGAGGUGGUGUGUGGGAAGUAGUCUUCGGCUUCUAAGGGAUAGAACUUGAGACGGUAGCAGAUGGGACAUGUGUUUGUGAGAAUCAGUGAGAAUUCGUGCAUCUCUGCUUUGUGGGGUUUGGGGAAAUGCUUUGGCAGAAAAGUGAAAGAACUCCUGCCAAUAGCCCAGACCUCUACAAAUGCUGUAUGUCCUUUUUUAAGCAGAAAUAAAAUGGUUGAGGAUGUAGUCACAGUAGCGAGUGAUUUUUUUCCAAAUCCCUGUCUGUUCUCUACUCUGAAGCAUUGUAAAAACCCAUAAACAUUAUACAAACCUUAUAAAACUUGUAAAUGUGUUGUGACUGGAAAUUGUUUGAUUCAUUGGAACCCAAUUUCCUUCAAGAACUUCGUGACUUGGUCUGUUUUUCAAAGAUUCUAAAAAUUGUUACCCCAAAAUAUCAGCACUGCAACCCCACGGGACUUGGAAUGCAAUUCCUUUUACUUUUUUUUUUUUUUUUUAAACUGGGUGUCUCUGUCAUUCAGGCUGGAGUGCAGUAAGAACGAUCAUAGCUAACUACAGCUUUGACCUACUGGGCUCAAGUGAUCCUCCUGCCUCAGCUUCCUGAGUAGCUAGGACUACAGGUAUGUGCUACCAUGCCUGGCUAAUUAAAAAACUUUUUUAAAGAGAUGGGAUCCCUCCCUUUUUACUCUUAAGUCAGAAAUUGUUCACAUGGUGUUUGCUUGUGGCAAAAUGGAGUUCGAAUUUUGAUCUCCUAUUGCUGUAAUUCUGCUAGCAAUCUAUUGAGGUGAAACUUGGGAUUUGACUCUUCAGCAAGCAGCAAAUGACCUAGUAACUCAGGGACAACUAUUUUUGAACUUUAAGUGCCACUUUAAUGCAGUUCCUUUGAUAAAACCAUGUGGUUUUUUUUUUUUUUUAGGGCUAGCUCUAGGGGAAUGGAAGUGAGAGCCAGGAAUGAGUGUGUCUCUCUUCACGUGCUUUAUCACCCGGUGCCCUGAUUGUGCCACACACUGAAACACAGGCCCACGGUAGAUGUUACAACUUCCCUUCCUCUGUCAGAGAUGUCAUCUGUGCCUUUCUCAGUGUUCAUCUGAUGAUGUAAAUUUAAAUGCCUCUACGUUUGAUAUGAAACCCACACUCAGAUGACACUGAAUCAGGUGGCUUUUGCUCCACCGGCACCUCAUUAUCAGUGUGAGGUGAUUCUUUGCUUUAGGAAAAGGAUUUUCCCCCAAAACUUGUGCCAGCAUCUCCCUAGAUCAGGAUUAUAGAACUGUUGGCCAUUUCCUAAAUUCAUUCCAAAUUCUUGUAGAGGCAUAUAGAUUUCAGGCUGUGCUCGUAUGGGAUAGAUGAUCUCAGUGGCUUUUUGGCCUCUUGAGUUUAAAAUCCUUGUCAUUAUAAGGUAAUAUGUUUGUGAGGUUAUUCCAUUAGUACUGUGAUCAUGUGGGUGUCAUCGUAUCUUUAACGGCCUUCAUUCUCGGUUGUGAAAUUUAAUUUUACAUGCUCAUUCACCCUCUACAGAUCUGCCCGCUUUGGGCUGUGGUGCCUCUGUGUAUCUUUGCCCCUCUGGUCUCCAGUUGGUGGAAUUACCUAUUUUGUACUGCCACUUCUCAGCAUCUUUGAAAUCUGACGUAAUGUUGCUUCAUUCCAGUUUUUUUUAGUUCUGUAAUUUGUUGAUUGUAUUUAACUAUGUGAGUUCUGUUGUGAUGUUUACUGUAUUGUAAAGCACCUCAUUCAUGCGAUGGGUGCUCUAAAAUCAAUAAAUGAUGACUUAGAGGCUGUA